CAUUCAGUAAAGUUUAAACUACCCUUCUGCAGUCCAGGAAAUCAUUUGGUACCCAAGCUCAGAUUUACUCUCAGUUCAUGCUUGGAGUUGACCUACGAUGGGAUCGACUUCGUUGGGCAUACGAGUUCGACGUCGCGAUGCGAACAAAGAGCGCGUCUACCUUGAACGGCCUCAGCCAAGCGGAAAAGAACAAGGCUCAGUGCUCCUUUGAACCAGGCGAGAUCGCUCACGUCGAUGGUGGCGGUGGAGUCACUACUGCUUUCUACGAAUUCUUGGAUCGUAGCAAGUUUCCACUGACGUCAAUGGAACAGCGAUACGUGCGCGUUCUUAUCGACACCGCCCCCGAUAUUAGCAAAUAUUGCCUCGUCCUUCAACGUCUCAGUGCGGACACAUUUAUUGUGUGCUACAUCGCGUCGUUCGGUGGUGUUAUACACGGCACCGGCCUGUCUCCCAUAACCCGGUUUUUUUCCAUGGCUAUGGGUGAUACACCUCCGUGGCCUCCCAAUUCAAGGCCUCUGCACGUGGUUCCAAGGUGGAUUGGAUCUGGCUUCGUAUUUGGUGUUCCAGUGGUCAGGAAAAACCUGUCCAAGACCACUCAUUCCCGUGCUUCUCUUGCCCACGGAGAACUGCAAAGAGUAAGAUCAUUUAUUGCAAAACGGCUCAAGCUCUUUCAGCAAGUCAACGAAGAAUUGCGCGCAAAAGACCGCGAGUGGCAUAAAUUCCGCAAGAAAACUGGUAUAAAAAUCGACAGCCAGGUGGACUUCACCGUGAUGCUGGAUGAGGAUCACCCAAGCAGGGUAGCCUGUGACCCUACGAUACCCAGUGAAGUACCUGCCCCCGGCGACGUCGCGGAAUGUUCAAACUUCAAAAGCAUGCUUCGGAUGAAGCGUGACAUUAAAGUACCUUCACUCCACAAGCAUCGCUUUCUGGAUGUUCCUCCAAGCAAUCACUUAGCCUGGUUGCUACGAUGGCACCGACAAGAUAUUAUGACUUCACGACUCUACCUCAGGCAUCUCACACCUCGAUUCGACUCAUCUUAUCCUGUACUCCGACAACUCCCACUCCCAUUUCGGUAUGUGAGACCAUAACCGAUACAAUUACUACGCACUGUAAUCCGCAGACUUUGGGAGUCCACUCAGUCCAACUUAGUUCACAAUGUCAAGGGUUCCUAAUCCCGCAUACUUGGUACAUAUUGAAGGAAGGACAGCGGUCCUAAGCCCCGAGGU